AUGGUUGAAAAAAUCCGUUCUACUGCAGCAUUUGUACCAGGAAUUGCCAAAGAAUAUUCUACUAUUUUUGAUAUGUGGAAUGUACGAACAACAGUUCCUAAAGGAACAUAUAUUCAAUGCAAAAAAAAUUAUGUUUGCCACCAUAGUUCUCACCAUAAAGUUGACAGAACGUUAAACAAAAGAGGUCAAUCAAAAAAUACUAACUGUCAAGCAUCUAUUAAAAUUUUAGUAAAAAUAGACACUGUAUCUACUAGAAAAAGUGACUCUUUUGUGAAGAAUAAAUACUUAGGCAUGAUUACUAUCGCAAAUACUCAUAAUCAUAAUAUUAAUACUGCUGAAGCAUUACGGUAUUUGAAUCCAGAUGUUAAUUUAAGAAGUACAUUUGAAGAUUAUUUUUAUGAUGGGAUGACAAUAUCAGAUGCAUUACGAUACCAUGAGAGUAUUUUAACAAUGGCAAAUAAACCAAUUGAAUAUUUUGCGAAUGGUAGAAUUAACCCAACAUAUAGAUGUGUGCAAAACUGGCAUGACCAGUGGAGAUUACUAAACCUAGGACCUCGUACUUGUCAAGGAGUAAUUAUGAAACUAGAAGAAAAAAAAGAAACUUAUGCUACAAAUGGGAUUUCAAUUUACUUCCAAGAGGAACCAUUUGUUAUUCUUAUAUUAACUCCAAUUAUGAAACGAGCACAUGAUUUACCAUUAUCCAAAGAUAUUGUAUUUGUGGACUCAACUAGUUCUUGUGACCCUGAAAACCAUUGCAUUACAUUUUUACUUACUCCAUGUGCUGCUGGUGCAGCUCCUUUAGGUGUAAUUUUAUCCAAAGGCCAAAGCGAAGCAUCCUAUUCAAGUGGAUUUAAUUUAAUAAAGCAAAAUGUAAAAAAUGCAUUUGGUGGUCAAGGUUUCCCAUCUUUAUUUUUGACAGAUAACUCAGAUGCCGAAAUCAAUGCACUGAAAACUGUGUGGCCACAGUCGAGAUCGCUACUUUGA